CGCCGGGGCAGCUCUCUGCAUCCGGGUCAGCUGCUGCCGCUGCAGCUGUAGCCAGGGGACUGGGCCAGGGUCUCCGCUGCCGUCCGAGGGGAGCGGGCUCCUCUCGGCGCUACCUCUUGCGACCUGGCCGUCAGCCCCGCGUCGCCGGCCUGGAGGGGCGAAGAAGACGAGGGGGCCAAGGCUUCCUCCGGGGACAUUGGCUCUCUGGAUUAUCAGGAGCUUGUAGUUGAUAUUGAAUCUAAGCUGAGGAUGGAAGGUGUGGAACUUAAGGAAGAAUGGCAAGAUGAAGAUUUUCCAAUACCUUUACCAGAGGAUGAUAGUAUGGAAGCAGAUAUAUUAGCUGUAACUGGACCAGAGAGCCAGCCUGAACUUAAUGGAAAUAAGGUGAGAAAGAAACUCAUGGCCCCAGACAUUAGCCUGACCCUGGAUCCUAGUGAUGGCUCUGUGCUGUCAGAUGAUUUGGAUGAAAGUGGAGAGAUUGACUUAGAUGGCUUAGACACGCCAUCAGAGAACAGUAAUGAAUUUGAGUGGGAAGAUGAUCUUCCAAAGCCCAAAACUACUGAAAUUAUUAGGAAAGGCUCAAUUACCGAAUACACAGCAGCAGAGGAAAAAGAAGAUGGACGACGCUGGCGUAUGUUCAGAAUUGGAGAACAGGACCACAGGGUUGAUAUGAAGGCAAUUGAACCCUAUAAAAAAGUUAUCAGCCACGGAGGAUAUUAUGGCGAUGGAUUAAAUGCCAUUGUUGUGUUUGCUGUAUGUUUUAUGCCUGAAAGUGGUCAACCCAACUAUCGAUACCUGAUGGACAAUCUCUUUAAGUAUGUUAUUGGCACUUUGGAGCUGUUAGUAGCAGAAAACUACAUGAUAGUUUAUUUAAAUGGUGCUACAACUCGAAGAAAAAUGCCCAGUCUGGGAUGGCUCAGGAAAUGCUAUCAGCAAAUUGAUAGAAGGUUACGGAAAAAUCUAAAAUCACUAAUCAUUGUACAUCCCUCAUGGUUUAUCAGAACACUUCUAGCUGUUACAAGACCCUUUAUUAGCUCAAAAUUCAGCCAAAAAAUUAGAUACGUCUUUAAUUUGGCAGAACUAGCGGAACUUGUCCCCAUGGAAUAUGUUGGCAUACCAGAAUGCAUAAAACAGUAUGAAGAAGAAAAGUUAAAAAAGAAACAAAAAAGAGUUGAUCAAGAGCUUAAUGGAAAACAGGAUGAACCGAAAAGUGAACAGUAAGUUUGGCAUCUAGUCCAGACAAGACUGAAGAAUGUGCUGAUGAAGCAGUGCUCUUUUUUGCAUUUAUAAUGCAUUUAUUGGCCCUGAUUUUUAUGUAACCUGUUACAAAAUUGACUUGAUUGUUCCUUAAUGGACUUUUGUAUAAGGGACUGUUCACUGCUGUAUUGGUUUGCAAAUCUCUUGAAUUUAGCUCUUUAUUAGCUAAUUAUAUUGUACUCAUUUUAUAUUUUAUAUUGCUAAAUAGCAGAGAACCACACUUUAUAUAAAGCAGUUUUUGCAUUUGUUUGUUGAAUGAUACAUCUUCUUCAGUAAAAUAUUUAUAUGCCUAAAUGGUAAAGGAAAGAGAUAAUAUAUAUUUUUAUGUUUCUGAGCAAUAUUUUUUAAUGUAUACCUGUCUUGUGGAAGAAUGUGCAGGUAAAUGAGAUCAUGAUUUGUAAAGUGCAUGUUCGAAUUUCUGUUUUUGUAGAUGGUUAGAUACAUUUCCUGGGUAACUUACAGAAUAAAGUUGCUCAUAAGAUGAGGGACAGUUAAACUGGUUCUCAUGAACACCCAAAGGUCAUGUUCAUAAUCUAAGUAGAUGUAUACUAUCCUAGGCUUUUUUGUCGUUUAAUAAAUACUGUUUAAUUCAGAAGCGCAAAUACAAAUGUAUUGCACACUGUUUCCUUUUUAAACUUUAAAGACAAGUCAAAAAGCCAUUUUUAGAACUAAACUUCAGAGGCUAAGAAUUGGGAUUUGUAAUAUAUGUAUAUAUGGGACAUUUUAUCUUCUGGCCCAAAGUCAGAACUUUAUUAUAAAAAUUUUAGAUUUGUUCACUAAUGUGAAAUAAGCUGUGUGUCCAGGGUAUCACUCUCCAGAAUUUGUGAGUGCAGUGUAGUAUUCAGAGAAUGUGAUGAGUUCUUCACUGUCACUAUUUUUCUGUAGAAAAUAGGGGCUGCUUUUUUAACUGCUCUCAAUGUGGGCACUUUACCAAAAUACUUUAUCAGUUAUUUAAACUUGAUAGUAAGUGUUUGACCUAGUCAGAUAUUGUGUGUAUUCACAUUUUCUUUUGAAUCAUGUUGACGUACUGUAAAACUAAGUUAUUUUGUAAGUCUUAGAGCAUCACUGCAUUAUGCUGUUUUGGAUGACACAUUUAUAUUAACUUUUUGUUUAAUUUGGUAAGUACCUUGACACUAUAUUAAAACACAUUGUCCUUAGAUGCUCGAACAGAACUUAAUUGCCCGCAGAAUCAUCCUAAAACAGUAGGUUGGUCUAAUAUUGUGUCAUACACUUGUGUGACUCAUUUGGAAAACUUGGUAUCCUCCAAAUUUGAGGGUACUGCCACACUCUGGGCCUUCCUGUGAGGCAAUUUAUUAAAGAGUGUCCUAGAGUAGCAAAAUUGGAGCAAAGGAGGGCUAAGCUUUUAGGCUUUAUUCUGUCAGACUGAACAUACAUGUGGCUUUCACCAUUGCCAUUUUUAAUAUAAAGUUUGUAUUACAAAGAGAAUUUUCCUUUACUUUGUGUCCUUCUCAGUUAUAAACUUGACAUGCUAAACCUAAGUCUAAUCCUGGAGGAUUCCCAGGAUGAGAUGUUCCUCAGCAGCCUUCUGACUUAACUUGGAUCCAGCAGCUGUAGGCAGAUCCUAAACUAACGUCAUUCUGGCAAGUAAAGCCAAAACCAUUAUUGCUUGCUCAAACCUUAGAAACGGCUUGUGUUGACAAAGCAAACUAACGAUAACAACUUAGCCAUUCCUCCUGAAUUUAACCAUAUGAGAAUUAUGAAUAAACGAUUGUGGAAUUUAAUUGUGAUUAGGGUAUAUAUUUGUAGAGCUCUUUAAGUAGUCUUUCAUCUAUAAAAUCUUUAUCCUGCUCACAGUUUGCUGAGCUUUUUAAAUAGGUGGUUUUCCUCCACAUUAACAGUUUUUCAGUUUCAACAGUUUAUUGUGUUUGUUCACUUUUGCUUUUGCAAGCAUUGUUCCUAACUACAGAUACAGCUUGUUGCAAAAGUGGUACAUUUUCUUAAAUAUUUUUUGAAGUACAACUAGCCCGUCAUCCAUUAGAACAUUAAAAUUCAGAGGGAACAGUGUUAACACUUGGGAUAUAACGAAAGGGAUGUGCCGUGAAUCGCUAGAGUAAAACACACCUGCUCUAACCUGCACCUUAAUAGAAUCUGGUAUAGAGAUGUGCCCCAUAAUAAAUGUCUCAUAACCCUAAGGCUUAAGAUCAUAACUGGUAGGUUGGAGGAGAAGCAUUUACUAAGUUUGUUGUUAAUCGUUUGUCUUUGUGUGACAUUUCCCCCAUAUCAUUCAAUUUUAAUUUUCCAUUACUGGUUGAAGUGAAAGUACAUAUGAUUGUAAUAUUUCAUGUUUCUCCUAAGGUCAUGGAUCUAACUUAACUGGUUUAAUUUGAUUUUUGUCAGUAUAUUUUGUUGUACUUGGGCUCUGAAUGCCUCUUAGUCAAAAGUUUCUUGUAUAAAGUAAUUUGGUUGUGCUCUGCUGGAUCAUAUUCCUAGGUAGCACCAAGGAAAGAUAGUAUAUUGACCUCACAGUUUAAGCUUAAUAGCCUUUAACUUGGGCGGAGCUUGGUGGUGGAAUAUGAUUCUAGGUAAGCCCUCGCAGGGUAGUUUGAAAGGAAAAUAACAAAACAAGGAAGGAAGAGAAAGAAAACUAUAAAGGGGUUCUCUCAGAUGUCACUGAAUGUGUCUGUAAAGGGAAAUAGUGUGUGUGGCAGCUCUUGGCACCAUGCAGUGGGCUUUCUUGCAUCCAACAGGAAAACCUGCAGGCUUCACACGGAACAUGUGAGUAAGAAGACUGGAAGUGAAGGAGGCAAAGACUGGUAAUACCUAUAAUGAGAAUUUAUAUUUUCCUCUGCUUUGUCUCUUCAUACAGAAACAAGUUUGAACAGAGAGGGUCAGCAGUAACAGUGCUCAGAUUAAAGUUUAGGACUAGGUUAUUUUUUAUGUUUUCUAAGAUUGGUAAACGUUAAUGUAGUCUUUGAAAGUGGACAUCGCUAUUUAGUAGCUUGCAGUGAGUACUGAAAUUUGCUGAUUGACGAGUAUAUGUCAGUAGCUAGAAUUUGUUCGACUGCAAUUUCAGAAUUUAAAAAGGUAAGGGAUCUGCUUUUUGAUAGAGACUUCUUGUAGAGGACUAUAUAGCACCACUAUCUGGCUGUUUUUAUGUGAGUGCUCAGGGAAUCUCAAAGUGUUUGAUUUAGUGCGGAAGUGGCUUUUUUAGAUUUCUUCAGUUGACAGGUAAAUUAGCAUUAGGAUAUUAUCGGAUAGAACGGGCCAGUUUCCUGAUGAGAUUGGUAAAGGUAUAUGUAAGGUGACAGUUGCUUUGUCCUCCUUUUCCCCAUGUUAUAUAUGGAAAAUUAGUAACGUUGCUCAAUCGGAAGGGAGAAGAUAGGCUAUAGAUUUGCUAAUCCGUCCCAUCUUGUUUUCAUGCUUAUUUUUUUUCCCAUCCUAUUUAGAUAUUUGAGAACCAGAUCACAAACCUCAAAAGAAAGGAAUAGAGGAGUUAAUGUGCUUAUUAAUUAGACCACCUGUUCCGUUAGAGUUUCUCUUGUCGCAGGGACCAGGAAUUGGAGGAGUUGAGUUGCUGGGAGAAAGCAUUACGAAUUUACAUUCACAUGAGAAGGUCAGCUGGUAAGGGCAGUGGAGACCAUCUAUGCAGUGUUCUAAUAGUACUGAAGAAUUACCUGGGGAGCCUUUCACUCCCUCUUCCGAAGGCCACCCAAGAUUCUGAAUGAAUGAGAGUUAGAUCAGAGGUGAGUCCCUGUAAUGUAACUUUCCUUCAGAGUUCUAAAUAGUACUUGAAAAUAAGAUAAUGUGGUAAUAAACACCAGGAGUGACUCUAAAAUUUGAACAGAACUGUUAUUUUGUUUCAACUAUGUAUGCUAGAUCUACUUAAUUUCUUAUGUUUUGAGAUUUACUUUAAAAACUCUAUGAAAAGUUCACAUAAAGCACUUAAACACGUAAUGAAAAUCAAAGGUUUAAUGCUUUCAGAUUGAUAAAGAACAAUAUUAAACUGUUUGCUUCGGAUAGCUGUCUGAGUCUUAUGUGACCUUAUGUAAGAGGUUAAAACAUUUACAUUUUGAAAUCUGUGUGUUUUCACAAUCAGUAUGGCUAAGGAGGAACUUGGAAAAUAAUACUACUCUGCUGCUCCACUGCACUUUUUGUAUACAGACUUUUUAAGUUAUGCCCCUUAAACUGUUCAUUUACAUAAACCUAACUAGUAAAUAUUGGAGGUGUUCAGGGCUACUGUCUUGCACAGCCGAUUGGACACUGUUCACGUGGAACACAAUUUAGAGUUAGUCACCUACACACUUUGAUACGAAUUCCAAAAAUUCAAAUAUUUUUCUUAAUGUAAGUUCACGUUGUUGCCAUGUAGACACAAUGUGCUGUGAUCGUUUCACUAUUCAAAAUAUGUUGCCUAGGCUGGUGCUGUCAUUUUACGGUGUGAGAAAUUUAGUUCUGAUGACUGUGUGUGGAAGAUGUUGAUGUGAUCCCUGUAAGAAAGGAAAGAGUUGAUCUUGAUUUACUAAGGAGAUGUAAUAUUUUACUCUGACUUAUUAGGAAUACAAUAACUUGUGUCCUGAUUUGUUGCACAUGAUACUUUUGCAACGUUAAUGAAUUUAAAUAAAUUAAUUGUAAAGUU